UCGGCAUCAUGGAGGCGCCGCCGCCUUCUCCUCCUCCUCCUCCUCCCCUGCCGCGGCUCGGGAGCCUCAACUGGGAGCGGGGCUGGUACUUGUCGGCUCAGGAGCUGGAGGAGGGAGCCCCGCUGCUCUCGCCCGGCCUCCCCUGCAGGAGACCACUGAAUCAUUCGUCUCCCGGCGCUUCCUUUGGUUUCUCGGUGUUUAAUCUAAUGAACGCUAUCAUGGGAAGUGGGAUUCUUGGAUUAGCGUACGCCAUGGCGAAGACGGGAAUCAUUGGCUUUAGCGUGUUGCUGCUGAUGGUUGCCGUUCUCGCAGCUUACUCUGUUUUCCUUCUUCUCACUCUGUGCAUUCACACUGCCGUCACUUCUUAUGAAGAUCUCGGCCUCUUUGCCUUUGGCUCACCGGGAAAGAUUCUUGUGGCCUGCACAAUCAUCAUUCAGAACAUUGGAGCCAUGUCAUCCUACCUCUUCAUUGUCAAGUCAGAACUUCCUCACGCUAUCGCUGGGCUUCUGAACGAGGACCAGAGCGGCGCCUGGUAUCUCGACGGCCGACUCCUCCUCCUGCUCACCUCUGUCUGCAUCGUCUUCCCUCUCGCUCUUCUUCCCAAAAUCGGCUUUCUUGGCUACACAAGUAGUUUAUCAUUUUUCUUUAUGGCGUACUUUGCUCUUGUGGUCAUAAUUAAAAAGUGGUCCAUUCCUUGCCCUCUGCCGCAAGAAGUCACUGCGGAGUUCUUCCAGGUUUCAAAUUCUACUGAAGACUGUCAGCCAAGACUCUUCAACUUUUCUAAGGAGAGUGCAUAUGUGAUUCCGAUCAUGGCUUUCUCUUUUUUGUGCCACACGUCGGUGUUACCGAUUUAUUGUGAACUGCAGAGUCCCUCCAAAAGCAGGAUGCUGAAAGUCGCCAACACUGGCAUCGGUCUGAGCUUCUUAGUGUACCUUUUGUCCGCGCUAUUCGGAUAUCUGACUUUUUACGACCGUGUGGAUUCAGAGCUACUGCAAGGGUACAGCAGAUACCUGCCCCACGACACCAUCAUCACGACCGUCAAAAUAGGCAUCCUCCUGGCCGUGGUGCUGACGGUGCCCCUAAUCCAUUUCCCUGCAAGGAAGGCAAUCAUGAUGGUCUUUUUCUCCCACCUUCCUUUCUCCAUCAUCCGGCACAUUGGCGUCACUUUGGUGCUCAACACUACCGUCGUCUUGCUGGCUAUGUACGUGCCUGACAUCAAGCUUAUGUUUGGAGUCGUCGGUUCAACCACAUCGACCUGCUUGCUCUUUGUCUAUCCCGGGCUGUUUUAUCUUAAACUCAGCACAGAGGAUUUCGUAUCAAGGCAGAAACUUGGGGCUUGCACAUUACUUGUUUUUGGCCUCCUGGUGGGUCUUUUCAGUUUAGUGCUCAUCAUUUACAACUGGGCUCAUCAAUGAAAGAAUUCCUCCUUCUCGGAAC